AUGCAGGCGACAGUGGACUCGAUUGGGCUACGGCACUUGACUAGAGCCCUGACAUGUCUGUCAAAGUUCGGGGAAGACCUAAUUAUAGUGGCCACACCAGAGACGUUCGCACUAUCAUCCACCAAUCAAGCCCAAACCGCGUAUGGACGUUUCAAGUAUGCGCGGUCUUUCUUCAGCAAGUACCGCGUCAGUGGCGGUCCGGCGGAGUAUGAGGCCGAGGAAGUGACCACGAUCACUUAUCAAGUCGCCAUAAAGCCUCUUCUGCAGAUCAUGAAGCACAAGACGAUUGAGAAGUCAUGCGAGAAGUGCGAAUUCCUCAUCUCCGACGGCGCGUCCCAGAUACCCCAAAUGGACGACAACGCGGAGGACCGCGACACGCUGGAGAGCAGACUGACUGUGCGUCUACACUGCAAGCAUGGUGUUGUGAAGACACAUCGUCUCCCAUUGAACGCGGCCAACAAACUCAUGUCACCCUCCCUACCCGACGCCGCAUCAGAGUCCCGCCUGACGAUCGGACCGAAGGGGCUUAGGCAUAUGCUCGAGCACUUCCCUUUUGGCAAAGGCAGCAAGGUAGACCCCCAGCUCAUCUGGAACUUUCACGACACAGACGUUCAGCUACGCAGCCUCGAGUCAUCGGUUGAUGCGAAAGGUCGCGCUCAGCUGACAACGGAACUCACCAUCAGCUCGGAAGAGUUCGAGGAAUACGAUCUACAGAGUACUCCCAUGACGAUCGCCUUCCAUCUUCGUGAAUUCAACGCCACGAUAGCGUUUGCAGAGGCGUCAAGCCUGUCGCUAGAAAUCCGCUUCACAGACCCCGAUGCCCCGCUCUACAUCGACGUCGGCGGCGACCUCGCCGACACCAUGUUCGUCAUCGCGACCAGCCACCUCCAGUCCUUCUCCCCGCAGAACUCGCAGAAUCGACAGGCCGACGCCCGCGCACAAUCAAAGGGCAAGAAACGCCCUCUCGAAGAGGACACAUACCAUGGCAACGCGCAGGCGGUCGAGCGCCAGCGCGAGCGGACACACAGCGGACACGCGAACAGGCCCGAGGAGCAGGGCGCGGCGCCGUCACAGCCGCUGUACGGGGGCCCCUCGCAGCCGUUGUUAUUCGGGGAAGCUUCGCAGCCGUACCGGCGCGCGGCCGGGGCACGGGAGCCGCUGUUCUUGCCGAGUUCGCAGCUGUCGCAGCUCCCUCCUGCAGCGGAGGCGGCGAUUAUCGAGUCGGGGCUGGGGAUCGAACAUAUGACGGCCGAGGAGCUGGAGGACAUGUUAGAGGGCGACGCGGAGGAGGUCGAGUUCGUCUCGCAGCGGAGCGUGGUUCCUGACAGCCAAGCAGACGCGGGAGAUGUGGCGAGCCCCCCAUCGCGCGAGGACGAGGCGGAGGACUGGCAGAUCGACGACGAUAUGGUCUUUGGGGACGGGGGAUACGGCCAGCAGAGGGAGAACAGCCUCGAGCUCAUCGAGGACGUGGAGAUGGCGCCGACGCAGAACGAUGGGGGGACGAAGGUGCGUGACUUGGCGGGGGCUUCACGCGGCGUACUGAUAGAUGGGUCCAAUAGGUGUUCCGGCCGCUGUUCGAGGAUUAGUAUCACUGCUUUGCCACCGCUCUCUUGCUCGAGGUAUGUCCGAACACAGACGCUUCAUAGAAAGCACGCUCACGGUCUGUCAAUAGGUCUCCAAACCUGUUGUACAUGUAUUAUUGCUGUGCCUAUCGUACGGAUGUUACCGUAA